CAAUCAAAGAAGCAUAUGAAAACUGAAACUCAAGUUGCGCAAAAAAUAGACAAGAGUCUGGUCCUCGUCCUCUCACAGGUGCCAACAUAGAAGCCCAUAAUAGGGCCCAUUUGAAAGCACCAAACAAGAUGGCCGUGCUCACCCAGAUCCUGGGCACAAUGGGCCUCGACGUGGAUGCAAACCCGAGUAGAAAGGUUGAAAUCAAAUUUAGGCUCAAAGGCAUGCCAGAAGCGGCGGACUCCGUAGUUACUUUUAAGGCUUCCCCUAAUCCAUCUUCUUUUUAGGCCACUGGGCGAAAGAGAAGAGUCAGACGAAGGCAGAAGUGGCAACCUCGUUGGGAGAAACGGGGGAUGUUCUAAGAAAGUCCUCUUUUUGUGGAUCUUACUUCAGACUGUUCCAGAAGGGGAAAGCGGCCCCAAGAAGAGUCACAAGAUGGAUUAGGGAAAUCGCUAAUACCUGCGAGAAGGACAAGGGUUCCUGUGAUUUGUUGUGUCAACGCUUUUUCGGAGGAGAUAAAUCCAAACAGCUCGCGCCUUGUCUCGAGGCGGUGCGGGAUCACUUCGACAUCGACAAGGGGCUGGCGGCAAGUUGUGCGAUUAUGUAGUGGCACCGUUGCAACCAAACCUUGCUCAGGGCAAAGAAACUCCCGUUUCUCGAAAAGGGAAGAGAAACUCCCGUUUCUCAAAAUUUUGUUUUUCCUCAUUGCAUAGCUGCGGCACACAUCAUGCAUAGCUCGUGGAGACGUAUCCUUUGCUUGCGUAGAAACAAACAAACGUAAAGAUGAACAACCUGCUUUGUGCCAUAUUAACAUAUGUGUACCAGGGAGGGAGGUCCCCGCCUGUAUAUAGAUAUGUAAAUGAACUGUCUGCCUUCCUGAAUUCUUGACUGCGUCGACCACGCAAGUGAU